AUGGGGUUACAAAACGGUUCCCAGACCAGCCAUCUCGGUGCGUCAGAUAGAGAGGAGCGCACGAAUCUUUUGCACGAUGAUACAUACGCGGAUAUCGAGAACGACGACACCAUCCUCAACAUCAGUCCUGGUGCUGCGGCCGGCCCCCAAACACCUCAAGUUCAGCCUGGAGUCCAGAGUAUUGAGGCUGUGACCGUGGCAUGGACUAGUGGUGCGCUGAUCUUUGCAUACGUGAUGAUCUGGCUUACAUACUUUGUCGAAGGGAUGUUACUAGCUACAACUAGCAUCCUAACUCCCUACGUCACCUCCACCUUUGCCUUGCACUCCCUGACACCCACCGUCGGGAUUCUCAGCAGUGUUAUUGGUGGUGUCACCAACCUUACCUUGGCAAAGGUUCUAGAUGUGUUUGGCCGCCCCCAAGGAUACCUCUUCUGCAUUGUCUUUGCUACUGUAGGGCUGGUUAUGAUGGCAAUAUGCAGCAACGUCCAAGAAUACGCCGCCGCUCAAGUCUUUCAGACAGUUGGUAACAACGGUGUGCUCUAUAGCCUAACAGUGUUUGUAGCCGACACUUCCUCGUUACGCAACCGUGGUUUGAUGCAAGCUAUCGUCAGCUCGCCAAAUCUUAUUACCUGUUGGUUGGCCGGUCCGAUAUCCUCUGGCUUCCUCGCUGGUCCCGGCUGGAGAUGGGCUUUCGGCAUGUUUGCCAUCCUUGUACCGCUGAUUACUCUUCCCCUCUUCCAGCUUCUGUUGACCAAUUACCUAAAGGCAAAGGAGAUGGGUCUGGUCUCGCAAAGUGACGGGAGUAACAGGGAUUCUCCAACGUCACUCCAGUCAUUUAUAUACUAUUCCAGGCAGUUUGACGCCAUUGGCCUUGUGCUUCUGUCUACUGGGGUUGCGCUCUUCUUGCUUCCGUUCAAUCUGUAUUCGCUUCAAGGCUGGGACUCGCCGCUUGUGAUUUCGAUGCUGGUUGUGGGGAGUAUACUGAUCGUUUGCUUUGUUGUCUGGGAGCGGUUCUAUGCUCCUGUCACAUUUAUACCUUACGCUCUCUUGCUGGACAGAACAGUGCUAGGUUCAUGCAUCCUGUCAGCUACUUUAUUUGUGAGCUACUGGUGCUGGAAUAGCUUCUUCAGCUCUUAUCUGCAGGUUGUCAACAACCUCAGUGUUGAGAAUGCGAGCUAUGUUGUACAGACGUACACAGUAUGUUCGGUCUUGUCCGCCAUUGCGAUCGGCAGCCUGAUCCAUUACACCGGGCGUUUCAAACCAGUGUGUCUCUGCAUCGGAAUUCCGUUGAGCGUGCUGGGCUCUGGCUUGAUGAUGCACUACUGCAAGAUCGACAGCAGCGUGGGCUACAUCAUCAUGUGCCAAAUAUUCAUUUCCAUCGCUGCAGGCACUAUUAUGAUCUGUGACGAGGUUGCGAUUUUAGCGGCUGCUUCACACCAACACGUCGCUGUCUGUAUCGCCGUAUUAGGAAUGUUUGGGAACGUCGGCGGUGCCGUUGGCUUAACAGUUGCUUCUGCUAUCUGGCAGAGCGUCUUCCCCCAGAAGCUGGCAGAAUAUCUUCCUGCCCAAGAGCUUCCCAAGCUGCCCGAGAUCUACCAAAACAUCUCUACUCAGCUGUCGUACCCCAUUGGGUCCGCACCACGCCUGGCAAUUCAACAUGCGUACCGUGACGCCCAGGCGAGCAUGCUGGCGGUCGGCACUGCAGUUUGGGUGGUUGGCUUCCUCUCUGUUUUUGUCUGGCGGGACAUCAAUGUAAUCGGGAUUAAACAAAACAAGGGGCAUGUCUGGUAA